AUGGCGCACCUAAUCAAGCUCGACGAGCCUUCGCUCUGGAUCGCCACCGCUUCCAUCAUAUUCGUCAGUCACUCACACCCCGUUUCCCCACUCUGUCUCACCCUCGGCUCCCAUUUGCGUGUGGUGGCGAGCCGACCACGCGCACGUCAUCACACCACCGGGAACGACGACAAUCCACCCUGCGCAAGCCAACAUAGAGACUGACACCCGCAUCACCCACCACAGAACCCACUGUUUUGGAACAUCGUCGCUCGCCAAGGUAACCUGCACCACAACUUGCUGGCCUACCCGGAAAGGCGGCUUCACUGACUGACCCCACCGCACUGACCCAGAGCACAAGAACAAGAUCCUCACCAAACUCGCUUUCGGCAAACCUUACCUCGGAUGUUAUGCGUUGGCCCUGACCAUCUUUUCCCUCGGCAUCCUCCGUGAUCAUCUGUAAAGCGACCCUGCAUGGCCGAAUACAUUUCCCGUCAAGGCUGACCUGACCGUCCGCGGUUCACUUCCCGAACGCGCAGGUACGCGACCGCGCUGUCCCAGCAACCAAAAUGGUACCUCCUCCACUACACCGAAGUCAAGAUCGUCGCCGCCCUCGCCUUUCUCAGCGGUGGCGUCCUCGUCGCGAGUUCGAUGUGGGCCCUCGGCGUUACGGGCACCUACUUGGGCGACUACUUUGUACGCACUUCGAAGCCGACCGGAGUAUAGCUAUAGGAAGCUGACUCUUGAAGGGCCCCCUUUUUUUGAGCGCAGGGCAUCUUGAUGGAUGUACGUCGUCGCGACGUCGGAGCCGUAGAGCCUUGGCUCGGGGUGAAGGAAUUUUCUUUCAACCUCCCAACUGACCACAUUCAUGCGCGCCGCGAAUAGGAAAAAGUCGAAUCGUUCCCCUUCAACGUCACCGACAACCCGAUGUACUACGGCUCGACCCUCUCCUUCCUCGGCACCGCCCUCUGGUACAUCACACUCUCUGGCUUACAAAGUCGACCCAGACCAAAAACUGAUUCUCCCCCGCGGGGCAAUGUACAGGUACGAAUCGUUCGCCGGACUGCUCUUGACCGCGCUCGUCUUUGUCGAGUACAAGAUCGCGUUGACCUAUGAAGAGUACGUGUAGCGUCUCCCUCGCCGCGAGUCCAAGCCUCGGACGCAGCGCUCUUGUCGGCAGCGCUGACGGCACCUGUUUCCUAACCCCGCCUUGUGUCAACAGACCUUUCACUGGAGCCAUCUAUGCCGCGCGUGAAGCGGCGAGGUCGAGGAAAGGAUCCAAGACGGGCAGCGCACACAAGAGCAUCACCGCUUCGGGGUCCAAGGACAAGGAGCUUUGA